CCCUCUUGAUAUAAGAAAGGGAGUAGAAAGAGGGGCGUGACCUGUAGCAAGGCAGUUUCUUAGUUCAGUGCCUCCCCGCGGCAAAGUGAGGUUCAGGGGCUGGCGGCAGGGGUUCAGGCCACUGGUGCCAUUGUGACACGGUGAGCGCUGUGACGCGGACAAAGGCUCAGCCUCCAGUCACUUCAGGACUCCUCUCUGCUGCUCCCUACCCCACCCUACCCGCUUAGGUAGCCCCCAGAGCUCUUGUUCAACUAGUAUGGACUUCAUGGCUGUACCACAAAUUAAAAUACUGUUUGUUUCUGUAUGGUUGGUAAACACCCCUGGCUGACCACCUGUGCUCAUGACACGUGGGCUCCCAUCUGGCAUGUGCAUGUGGCAAACACACACUUCAGUAACAGAUGGGGGUCUGACUGCAGGAGGCUUCUAAGGCCCUGAUCCAGUAUCUGACUUGACUGGUUGGUUCCCUGUUCCUAUCAGUUCAAUAUUUUUAUUAUCCCUACCUUUUAUAACCCAGUGGUUCUACAUGUUGUUGAACUUUCUCAGUGCCUUAUGGGGUAGGAACUGCAAACUCAAUGCCUCCAGGGGCCUGGACAGCUAGGGGAAAUUAGUGGAGCUGCUGGGUGGAACUAUAGCAAAAUGAAAAGCUCUCCCACUCUAAAAAAACGGGGGGUGGGGGGUAGUGACACAGCUCAGCUCCAAGUUUCCAUGCAGGAAUGCAGACCAGAUCAUACGAUUUUCCACAGAAACUGGAAAGAGAUUUUUGUGGGCACGGUCAUUGUAGAGCGCUGGUGGAAGGUGCCGCUAGCGGGAGAAGGCCGGAAACCGCGCCUGCACCGGCGACACCGCGUCUACAAGCUCGUGGAAGAUACGAAACACCGGCCCAAAGGCAGCCUGGAGCUCAUCCUCACCCAGUCGGUGGACGAACUUGGAGUCCGAGGUGACCUGGUCUCGGUGAAAAAAUCUGUGGGCCGUAAUCGACUACUUCCUGAAGGACUGGCUGUGUAUGCAUCUCCUGAAAACAAGAAGCUGUUUGAAGAGGAGAAAUUGCUGAGACAAGAAGGAAAACUAGACAAGAUCCAGACCAAGGCAGGUGAGGCGACAGUGAAAUUUCUGAGGAGUUGUCACCUGGAGGUAGGAAUGAAGAACAAUGUCAAAUGGGAGCUAAACCCUGAAAUAGUUGCCCGCCACUUUCUGAGAAAUCUUGGCGUUGUGGUUGCCCCACAUGCAUUAAAGUUGCCCGAAGAGCCCAUCACCCAGAGGGGUGAGUACUGGUGCGAGGUGACGGUAAAUGGACUUGACACUGUGAGGGUACCUAUGUCGGUGGUGAACUUUGAGAGGCCCAAAACCAAAAGAUAUAAGUACUGGUUAGCCCAGCAAGCUGCCAAGGGAAUGGCCUCCACCAGCUUCCAGAAGAUCUGAACCUGUUCUCCCUUGAAAGCAGCGAAGCAGAAACAGGAACGGUGGAGCAAAGAUGAACCAGCACCGUGAUGCUGCUCCUAGCUCUGACCAAACACGGGAUUUUAGAGAGCGUACGGAGGCACCAACAGCAGACCGGACUGUAUGUAUGUGUUGAAUCGUCCAUAUUUGCCAUCUUCAACAGUUACCACGUUUGGCCUUAUUGGGGAUGACUGCUCCAGAAGUACAGGCUGUGGAUUUGAUAAGCUAAAUGUUAAUAGACCAAAAGAGUCUAGAUCCUACUUAGCCUCUUCCUUCAUUGGAAUUCAUUGCAAUAAAUG